AGUGAGGGGAGCCCCCGUCCGCCCUCCUGCCCGCUCCGCUCCUCUCUCUGCCCCUCUCCCCCCUCCCCGGCUCCGCUCUGGCUUCAGGCCCCUUCUCUCUGCGCUGCGGCGGGCGGAGGCGGCGGAAGGAGAAGCCGAUGGAGGGGAACCGGGACGAGGCCGAGAAGUGCAUCGGGAUCGCGCGGGAGGCGCUGGAGGCCGGCAACCGCGACCGCGCCCUCCGCUUCCUCGGCAAGGCCCAGAAGCUCUACCCGACCGAGACGGCCCGAGUUUUGUUGGAAGCUAUUAUGAAGAAUGGAAGUACAGCUGGGGGAGGCGCUUACUGCCGAAAACCAGCCAGUAGCAAUGAUCAAAGUAAGCCCAAUAGCACGAAGGAGGGCAAUGCAUCUGCUGCAGGUGAAAGUGGAAAAGGCUACACUAAAGACCAAAUGGAAGGAGUAUUCAGUAUAAAGAAAUGUAAAAAUUACUACGAAGUCCUUGGGGUGUCAAAGGAUGCAGGUGAAGAAGACCUAAAGAAGGCCUAUAGAAAACUUGCUUUGAAAUUCCACCCAGACAAAAACCAUGCACCUGGAGCAACAGAGGCUUUUAAAAAAAUUGGAAAUGCGUAUGCUGUGCUGAGUAAUCCAGAAAAACGAAAGCAGUAUGACCUUACAGGCAGUGAAGAGCAAACAUGCAAUCACCCUAGCAACGGUAGAUUCAACUUCCAUAGAGGUUGCGAGGCAGAUAUUACUCCAGAGGAUCUAUUCAACAUGUUUUUUGGAGGGGCCUUUCCAACAGGUAGCGUACAUUCAUUUUCUAAUGGUCGUGCUGGCUACAGUCAUCCUAAUCAGCACCGUCAGAGUGGACACGAGAGGGAGGAAGAGAGGGGUGAUGGAGGUUUCUCUAUGUUCAUUCAGCUGAUGCCUAUUAUUGUGUUGAUCCUCGUCUCCUUGUUGAGCCAGUUGAUGGUAUCUAACCCUCCUUACGCCUUAUACCCAAGAUCAAGUACAGGGCAGACCAUAAAAAUGGAGACAGAAAACUUGCACGUUGUUUAUUAUGUCAACAAGGACUUUAGAAAUGAAUACAAAGGAGUGUCACUACAGAAAGUGGAAAAGAGUGUGGAAGAGGAUUAUGUGUCCAACAUUCGUAAUAACUGUUGGAAGGAGAGGCAACAAAAAACAGACUUACUUUAUGCAGCAAAAGUAUAUCGAGAUGACCGCCUCCGAAAGAAAGCAGACUCCAUGCCCAUGGACAACUGCAAAGAACUAGAACGGCUGACCAGCCUCUAUCGAGGAGGAUGAACUACAAUUAUACGCGUACAUCUUUACGUAUGCCGUUAUCUCUCUUGUAAAUUAAGAAGAGAUUUAGUUUCACCGUGAAUGCUGGAAGAGAGGGGUGGAUGUAAAACUCUACUGUGUAGCUGUUUCCAGAAACCUUAUGCUGAAAUAUCAUUUAAUGGCUUCUUUACCUACUGUGAAAUAUAGGUAACUUUAAUUGUCUAGAUUUUACUUCAAAGCUUCUGUGAAUUCUUUCAGCAGAGAGAAUAGCUCAGAAAGGAUGCUAUACUUGUAGAGACUUAGUCAUAGUGGUUCUCCUCUAACAUAUUUGCCAUGUAAAUAUCUGUGGAAAGAACACUUUGUGUAUAUACGAGUUAAAUGACUUUCUAUUUAAAAUCUCAGAAAUUUAGUUCCAUACAACAUUUUGUCUCACUGAUGGAAUAAAUAGUCUGAUUACAUCACUCCUAUUCAGAUGUCAAGUGUGUGGAGUUGAAACAAGAAUUUUUAAUAUUUUAUCUCUAACUCUAUGUAAAAUCUUCUAGGUUUACCGGCUUAGAGGAACUUGGUAUUUUUAAAUAUAAUGGCAUAUAUUCCUAAAUAUCUGUUGGGGUAUAUUGAUCUGGUGUAGAGUAGCAGUUAGCUGUUGUAGCUUUUUAGCGUUUCUAAGCAAUGCUGAGAAAACUAAGAACUACACUAAUUUCUUUUCAAAGUAAAUUUUUGCAAAUGCUGUACAGACCAUUAUAGGCAUUGCUUUUAGUACUUGCAACAGUUUACAGCAGCUCUACCAUUUGGUAUUCCAGUAGUAGUAAGUCCAUACGUAUGGUUAACAUGCAUCCAUAGCUUCCUUCAUUUUCACUGGAAAGGUAGAGGAAAACAUGCAAUAGUAAAAUCUUAAAGCUCAAAAAAAAAAAAAAGCAACCUAAUUUUUUUUUUUCCUGGGAGGCUUCCAUUUUCUUACUAUUUUUUUAUUUCAGGCUAGGUCCCAACACUGAUUCCUCAAUGGGCACCACAAGUGGAACAGGGAAAUAUUGCUAAGGACAAGCUAUGUGCCUUUCAACACUUUUGCCAACUAUUUAAAUGCUUUCCUAGUUUGCAGUGUGCUCCUAUGGUCAGAGCCAUAUCACUUGUCCUGGGGCGGAAGAGCUAGGGUUUGCGUUUCUCUGGACCAGAAUAUUUGCUGCACCUGACUUCCCAGAAAUGAGCAAACGUACCCUUCGGCUCCUACGUACGAGAUCAUGUAACUCCGUGGCCUGUACGUGGAAACUAGAUGUAGCCACACCUGCUGAUGCAAAGAGGUGUUUUGAAGCAGCUAAGUACAAUGUACUUGAAGUUUAUUGAAACGGGAUUGAAAAUGUUUUUUAGGUUCAGUAGCUGAUGUUUUUACAUUUUAACAGUGCUAUGCAGCGGAAUGUUUCUUGUAUUUGCGAAUGCCAGGUGGCUCGUGAUACGGGCGGUACUUUUUGUUUGAGAAAGCUGCUAUCUUUGAACAAUGCUAUCAGUUUAUGUGGAGCCAAAUUCUCCUCCUAAAUUGAAAGUUUAAAGACUUGACUGACUUCAUUGGAAUUCCUUCUGAUCUAGAGCAGGAUUUGACUUUAGAAAUAAGCUAAAUGCUAUUGCUCUAAGUGACCCAGAAAUCAUGUUGCAUAUAUACCUUUUCUAAACUGUCCCACUGGAAAUGUCCUCUAUUGAAUUGGUGUAACAUGAGAAGGAGUAGCUGCGGGCUUUUAACUAAGCAGCUAAACCAGCAUUCAAGGUGGACAUCAAAGCCUGAGGCAUGAAGCAGAACUAAAAGUUGCUGACACACAAAAAAAAAAGGUGGGGGGGAUGCUGUAGUGGAUGUCUUUACUAAGUUUACAGGAAAAGUACUGGAAAGGCACCCAAAUGUUUGAAGUUUGCAAUAGAAAUUUAUGGAGAAAAUGUGAUUCCAAGGAUUUUGUAACUGUCCAGAAUGUAUUGUAAUUAUACUAAUGAAAACAAACUAUCAAAGUA